AUGCAGGGCAAUAUGCUGGUGGAGCUCAAUCUUAAGGGGAAGGCCUACUCUGAAGGCUACAAAUCUCCUUUCGACAAGGGGGAAGGCAACGAUGUUACCACUCUCUUGCAGGAGCUCAGCCAUGCUCAACACCGUGAGUUCGCGCCGUCCUAUGAUGAUGUUGGUUUCAGAGUUCCUGAUGAUUCCGAUCCCAGGAGCAAGAAGCCGAAACAGGACGACCCCGACUACGCUGCCAAGCUAAUGCUCUACGAGGCUUUCUGCUAUGAAAGGGACGUAUGGGCUGAGCUCAAGGCAGUGCGGGCGAAUUUCUCCACGGUGGUCUCUGCAGUUUCCCAGGCCUACGGGCAAGAUUGUCUCCAGCUAGGCAGAGCCCUGGAAUGCGUCUCUGGUCCUUGCAGCGCUGGACAAACAGUUGAGAGAGAUGGGUACCGUGCUCGGGAGAUUGAUGAGCUCUACAUGCGACCUUUCGAUGACAUCGUCGUGGAGGAAUUCAUCUCAAAUCUCCCUGGACCUACCAUCCAGGAAGUGGACGAGCCCAUGGAGCCAGCCAGUGGCCCUGCCAAGGCACCAGCGUACUCUCCCUCUGGGGAGAUGGCUGGUGACACAAAGCAGGAGCCCGAUUCCAGUGCACCGAUGGAGACCGAUGCACCAGAAGGCUCUUCCUUUGAAGAGGGAUCUGGUGUAAAGGUUGAAAAGGCUGAGCAGACGACCUUUGAGCUGCCAGAUCUUAACUUCUCCGCCGAUGCCUCCAACGGCCAAGACAACCUCUACGAGCAGGGCAUCCGGGGAAAGACUAAGACACGCGUGGAGCCAGGGGCUUACGAGGCAGAGGCCAAGGCCACAGCCGAAGCGGAGGCAAAGAAUGAGCAGGCUUUUGAAGACUUCGCGGGUGAGAAACAGGAGGAAGGUUUGACCGAUACGGUCGACUACCAGAACUUCAUUGAAGUCUAUCACCUGAGGGAGCGAAUGAGCCCGCUCAUGAAACUUGCUGAGCAAAUCCACGGCUAUGGGCAAACUGGUCUCUACCACGACAACAUCCGCCUCGACAAAAUCAACUCCUUUAAGGUGCAGCAUAUGUACUUCCGUCAACAAGCUCCUCCCCACGUCCAUAUGAAAUUCUAUUUCGCUGAGGAGGACUUGAUGGAGCAGGUCUGCGCCAUGGAGCCGAUUUGUUAUCGUCGAAGCACCAAGCUUGAUGUUGUUUUCCGAGCUGGAGACUAUCGAAGCACUCUCGAUGACAGGGAAAUGGCUCGUGCUUCCGCCGCUCGUGAAGAGGCAUUAGAGUUGAAUCACAUGCUUCUUGAGCGACUUCGAGAGCUGAACAAAGGCCGUCGUUCGGCAAGCCGGGAAGAACUGAUGAACGCUAUGUUGCAUUAUUUCCUG